GCGCCUACUGCACGCAGCUGUGCCCCGAGGGCUACUUCGGCGACCACUGCAUGGAGGCAUGCAACUGCUCGUCUCAGGGGCACUGGAUGUGUGACCCGGUGCGUGGCUGCGUGUGUCACCGCGGGUUCAUCGGCGAGCAAUGCGACGUGCCCGCAAGCGACGCCGUAGUUAUCGCACACGCGGAGAGUGGUGGCGCGAGUGGCGGAGCGGUGGCGGGUAUGGUGGUGGUGACAUUGGCUUUCGUGGCGGCCGCGGCUCUGGUGCUGCUCUACUACCGCAAGAGGGUGAGGCUGUUGAAGAGGGAGAUCGCUCACGUGCACUACACGGCUGACCCGGCCGCGCAGCCAGAGCAACAGCACUUCGACAACCCGGUGUACUCGUACCAGGGCUCGACCCGCAGCGAUGACUCGACCACGCUGCUCAACAACGGCGCGCACAUCAUUAACAACCUGGCGCCUGGUGCCAAGCUCAGCAACACAGCAAUGGAGAAGCUCCGGAUGACGGCCGGCGGCUCCAACGGAUCAUACGAUCCUUUGUCAUCACUAAAGAACAAGGACGCAGACGCUACCAACCCUAAUUUAUACCAUUGUAUCGACGACGACAAGUUAGAUCAUGUCUACGAUGAGAUAAAACACAAGGAGGGCUAUGAAAAGGAGUACGACCAUCUUAAUUACACGCCACCAUCAAACACAUGGAAGGCCCACUACCAGCGAAUGAACAAUGGUUUCCCGAGCACUAACUCCACCAAAUCGCAAAACACAAGCCCUAUUCUGCCCGGACAACACACCCCAAUUGUAAACCCCAAUGUAUCGAGCAACAUAGUGCCUGCCAGUAAUACCACAAUUGUGCCCAACCAAAACAUUACCCCAACCCCUCCAAUACCACCAUUGCCUAAAGUUAAUUUAACCCCAAUUCCUCCAAGACGUGACGAUAUAGAAGUACCAAUACCACCAAAAAGGGAUGAUGCAGACCAAUUUAGCGACGACGAGUUGCCUUGAAGAGUUGGGCAAUAGAUAUGCAACUAUAGAUAUAAUAAAUAGGUAUCUAAUGGUCAGAGAGAAGUUAAAAUUGCAUAUUAUAGUAUAUUAAUGUUAUUAUACUUUGUAUAUAUUAGAAUACUCAUAUUUUUACGAUCUAAUGUCCUGCAUAUUUAUAAUCUCAUUUAACUGGAUGAAUUACAAUCUAUGAAUUCAAUUUUAAUUUAUUAUGCAGCCUUGGGGCUAUGUUUCACCGUGGUGUCCAUAAGUAACCAAACUAGACACCAUAUAAACACCAGCUCGGCUGGUCGCGCUACCAAACGGACACCAGAUCAGUAACUCUCUCUAGAGCUUUAUACAUUUUGAUAGUAGUGGCGACUGGUUGCGCCAUCGUGGUGUCCCGGUGAUAUAUAUGCCUUAAUUAUAUUUCUUUCAUAUUUUUGUUCUAAUUUCACAUAUAUUAUGACUUUUAUAUUCUUAUGUCUUUUAUCUGCCAAUUUCUUUAGCAGCUUUUUUAUGCAUAAAAUGAUCGAGUAAAUCGUAAAUUAUUCUUAUUCCUGUCUUUUGACCACGUAUUAAAUUGUCUUCCCUAAUUGCUCAUUGUGUUCCAAUUGUGUAAAUAUAAUAUUAUUAUUCAAGUAUAAAUAUAUUUACGAAUCCUCUAGUAGUUGCCAUGAAUAAUAAAAUAGUUUAACUAAUGAAUGAUCAUGACGUUAGUUGUAUAUUUUAUAAACUCUGACCCCACCUUUACUUUGAUCCUACCACAACAGUUUUCAUUAUGUUUAAAAGUGUAACUGAAGCAAUAAUUUAAAGAAAAUAAAGAGGUAUAGAAACCUACGAUGCGACAAUAAACGUGUGGUUACGACAAAUUUAUUUGUAAAAUGACGUAAAUAUUGAAAUGUGAAAAUUAACGAUACACGUAACGUUACGUACAAAAUGGCGUCGAUAGAUCUGUUUUCACCCAAGUGAAUUCAGUUUUAUUUUGUAUUAAGUAUGUCAUUAAAUGGGAAUAGGUGAGUCUUUGGAGAAUGUUCGAUUAUUUUUUUUAUAACGUAUUUUAAAUGUUAGUAUUUUGAUAAUUAGUUUUAAGUGUUUAAUUAAGAUGCGUGUAGAUCUCACGUUAAAUUUGUUGUGUUCUAUUGUAUUUAUGUAACAUAUUUUAUUAUAUCUGAAGCUGAUAUAUGUAGCUCAGCUGACGGUUUACAAGUUAGGGAUCGUAUUCAACAACAUCAAUGUUGCUUAAAUUGCUCAUAGAUUUAUAUGUUUUCGAUAGUUUAUUAUAUUUGUAAAACCAUAUAGAAAACUUAUCUUGGGUAGAAAAAAAAUGAAAUAAUGGUGGAGUUAUUUACGCGUUUAGAAUUUACAAGCUUCUUGGAAUGGAAGGCCCAUCGUAGGAACAAUGCUCUCCGGAGUGUUAACUUCUCGAAAUCGCACAACACCGAAAGGUAAAUUAUACCUGGACAACAAACCCGAACUCUUAACGACAAUGUCUCUAGCGGCAUGAUAAUAUAUAAUCAGAAGAAUACACAAAUGUGCCCCACAAAAAAAUUACCCCCAAUAUCUCCGAUACCACCUUUGUUUAAGUACAUUUUAUACAAAUUUCUCCUUCCUUCUUAACACACUUAUGUGUUUAACAGCGCUACUGGUUUGGAAAUAAAAACACAUACGCUGAUACUUAGCUCUAAAUAUGUAAAAUCAUACCUACUACUAUACUUGUAUUAUGUCCGGAAUCCUUACUCCGCUAACCGUAAACUCUACCAGUCUUGGAUUUGUGGCGAAACUCACAAGAAACUUUUUUCCACUGAGAUUGCGCUCGUCACCUUGAGACGUCAGAUAUUAAGUCUCAUUUAGCCAAUAAUUUCACUACCUACGGUGUCUUUCACACCGGAACACAAUUAUGCUUACACAUAACUGCUUCACGGCAGAAAAAUGAGCCGUUGUGGUAUACAUAAUCUAGCCGGCAUCCUGUGCAAAGAUCCUCCCACUGGUAAAUGCCCUUAGUGUAGUCUUACGACAUCAUUAUGCCUGGGAUUUCCCUGUUAUUUUAAUGCCCCGGGGAAGCACAGGGCAAUUAUUACAUACACCUUCCAAAAUUUAAAUAAUAUAUCUAACUCAAAGGCUGGAAAUGCUCCUGUGUUUUAUCUGAUGUUGCAAUACAUUAUUGCUCACUAUCAUGUGAUGACUCUUCGUUCUUUGUGCCUUGUUUUCUGAGUAAAAACUAAUUUCGCCCAGUUUUAAUCAGGCAGUUAACAGUGUUUUUUUUUCUUAUAAUAUAAAUCAUGGAGACGUAAAUCUGCAGUACAAUAUUGAUGUUGUCGGAUAAUUUUCCUACCAUGCAGUGAGCCUUACGCUGUAGUGUAAACGUCUAAGAUAAAAUACGUGCGUUCAACAAUAUUGAUACAACACAAUUAUGGGUUUUUAUUGAUACUUUAAACUUAAGCAAUUGGAAAUCAAUUUAUAUAGAAAUUGUAUUAUUAAAAUAAUGUACUUUUAUAUUUUCCUCACUUUAUCAUACGGAGUUUAAAAAAAAACAAUUUAUAACAUAUCUUAAUCAUGACUGUACAUAUCAUUUACAUAUGUUUCUUGUCAUCAAAAUUCAAUCUAAAUAUUUUUUAAUGUGAUAUUAUUGUUAUAUAUUUAAUAUUAUGAUAAAUUACUUGUCUCAGCGAAAGUAUAUAAAAGCGCGAUCUUGUUUAUAUUGACAUUUAUACAAUAUAUUUUAUUUAUUAUUUAAUGGA